UUUUUUGCAUGCCCUGUGUUUUGGUUGUGAACAUUGUGUGAAAAAAAAAACUUUUAAACACGAUAUGUACAAAAUUGAGUGUGAUAUUCGUUUUUUGUCAACAAAUUACUUGAAGGCUGCCUUGCGGUGAUAAUAAUAUAGUUGUGUUCUUGUGGUUUUCCUCAUAAAUAGAUCACAAUGAAGACUAGACUUACUUCGAUGACAUACUUCGGAUUCACGGCGAUGGACCGCCGCCUGUCGAACUCCAUGCUCCCGUGGCUGUUGAGGGAGAUACGGGCCACUGGGACACGGGAAAAGCUCAGCAUUGCGAUAGAGGAUGGUUGUUUGAAAGCCUAUAACGAAAACUUUGAGCCAGUCAUUCUGCAUCGGCUGGUGGAUAUUUUGAGGGCUAGCCAAGUGCCAGGUAGACCUGAUGAGCUGUUCUACAUACUUCUGAACGAGAAGGAAGGCCUCCUGCAGUGCUUCCUGUUCCGAGCCUCGACCGUCACUGAGGUGACAGACCUCUUCGCCCAAAUGCGAGACCCCACGUCCACCACUUCCACCCCCAAGGGUUCUACCGGCUCGCUGAACGUCACCAAGAACGCUGGUUUCCAGCACCAGAAUGGAUCCGAACAUCUACCCUGGGCCAGUCCGACAAUAUCUUUACCAGGGAAUUGUAAUUCCAAUCUAAACAGCGAGGUGGCACCCCUAGCGCGCAGCGUGAGCAACGCGUCAGCGCUGACGUCACUGUGCGCGGACCUGUCACCGGCCGAGUCACAUUUCUUCGAGGUCCUAUACAUAGGCAAAGUGCGUAUUUCCCAGCGGAAAGUGCCGGACACCUUAAUAGAUGACGCACUCCAGAAGUUCGCUCAGCACGAAGCUGAGAAACUGAGGCUGCAGCGCCGCCACAGCUUACUGUCUUCCACCGGGACCUCAAUCAGCAGCAAUUCAGUGGAGAGCCUAAGAGACACGUCUACCUCAAACGAGAACUUCCAGAAGUCCUUGAUACCAAGCACUACGCCCCUCGAACCGGACAAGGCCAGCCCGUGGAAAAGCGCAGAAAGCCUCAACAGACCUGAAAUAUUAGUGGAUAAAGAAUUCGAUGAAUUCACUAAAGAGAGAGUCGAGAGGAAACCACAGGAAUCGUUAAGCAAAAAUGGCAAAACUAACCUAGGAACCGUUAAAGAAGAUGAAGAAAAACAUGAUGAAUGCAACAAUCCCUUCAAAGAUAUAAAACUAGUAAAGACAGUUACUUUAGAUCCUCUGUUGCACAUAUCGGAAGCAGAUGAUGUGAAAUCUGAAGAUGUUAAAGCAGAAAUAAAAAAUGACAGUAAUACUAAAGUUGAAACUCAUUCUGAAGCAAAAGAAGAAAUAAAAGAUGCUGAUAGUGCUAAUAAAGAAGAUGGAAAAUCGAUGAAUUUCAACGAGUUAGGGAGGAGUGAUAAUGGGAAAGGGAGUCUACCGGAAAACGUGCCGUUUCUAAGGGAUAGAUCGGCCUCAAUAGGCACGUUGAAUCUGAAAACGCCGUUGGCUCAUUUGAUUGGGGAGCAGAAUAGGACUAUGCUGUUUCAGGUGGGCAGGUCGGAGCUGCGGCUGAUCAGCCCGGACCGCAAGCAGAUCCUGCUGCACCGCGCGCUGGCGGACGUGGCGAGCGCGGCGCUGGGGCGCGCCAGCCCGCACCACCUCGGCUUCGUGUGCCGCGAGCGCGCCGCCUACGCGUGCUACGUGUUCCGCUGCGAGAGCGACGACGUGGCUAAAGAAACACAAAUAGCCCCUAAUAAUACACAAAAGUAUGUCAAAGAAGAAAAAAAUAAAUAUUGCAUUAAAUGUCUAACAAUAAAACAAGCAUUUGCCGCGCACGCGGAGUUGCUCAAGAAAUCACGGGAGAAGUCGCCCAACACGACGUGCGAGCACUGCCCCAUGUUGUGGUACCACAGGCUGUGCCAUGAUGUCGAGGGUAUGAACGACAAGAAAACCCAUGCCUUCAUACUCCGUCGCAUAGAAACCUUGCCUGAUGAUGAGCAGGAUACCAUCAUCACCAAGUACCAGGGUGGGACGAAUCACAUCUUCGAGGUGAGUGAACAUAACGCGUUUCUGAUGAUGCUGCUCCGAGCGCACUGCGAAGCGAAGCAACAGCGACACGUCCACGACACCGCUGAGAAUAGAUCAGAAUUCCUCAAUCAGUACUUGGGCGGCAGCACGAUAUUUAUGAAAGCGAAACGAUCCCUAUCGAGUGGAUUCGACCACUUGUUGAAACGCAAACAGAGCAAGGACGAUGGGCUGUCUCCUGUUAUGAAGAAGGAUCCAUCACCGAAGCCACCACCGCUGAACCUCGAAACGUCCUCCGAGCCCAACCACACUGAGCUGCUAUCGCCAGACACUGUGCGCUGUAAGUCGCUAUCACCUGCUGUUAUGAAUGAGCAAAAUACACCGAAAACGCCUCCAAUUGAAGACCAAACAGAUUCCAAAGAUAACACGCCUACUGUCAAUUCUCCUAUGAUGGACAUAUUCCUAAAAGUGAGUGACUCCCGCCCUCCGCCCUCUGAGGUGAACGAAACUGACACAACUUGGAGGCAGGCUAUAUAUGAGAAGGUCAUAAAUCCGGAAGUGCAUGAAGGUGACCCUUCAUCAACUCAAGACAAACAGUCUGGAAAGCGGACUAAAGAGCAGUUGAGACAACUGUGGAAGAUGGCCAUCGACCAGACCCUACUUCUGGUUAGGAUGGAGAAGGAAAAUAAUAAACUCAAAGAGAAGGUGGAGUCGUCGGCGGUGCGGCGCAUCAAGCUGGAGUACAGCUCGCUGGGCGCGGAGAGCGGCGCGCACAUGUGGGCCGAGCUGCUGGCGCGCGAGCCCGCGCACCCCGUGCCGCGCGUCGACCGCCGCAUGCUCGUGGAGGCCGUGCGCCAGGGCGUGCCGCGGGCGCUGCGCGGCGGCGUGUGGUACUUCCUGGCGGAGCAGGCGUGCCAGCGCCUGCCGCCGGCCGACGCGCGCUGGCCGCGCUACGCGGCGCCCUACCGCGCGCUGCUGGCCGGCCUCACCAAGCACCAGCACGCCAUCCUCAUCGACCUGGGUCGCACCUUCCCAAAGCACUCAUACUUCGCGUCAGCCCUCGGACCGGGUCAGUUGGCCCUAUACAACAUUCUGAAGGCCUACUCUCUGUUAGACCCUGAGGUUGGAUACUGCCAAGGCCUCAGCUUCGUCGCUGGAGUGCUGUUGUUGCACAUGGAAGAAGCAGAAGCCUUCAUGCUCCUCCGCCACCUGAUGUUCCGCAGAGGCCUGAGGAACCAAUAUCUGCCUGACAUGAGCGCCUUGCAAGUUCAGCUGUACCAGCUGUCGCGGCUGGUGCGCGACCACCUGCCCGAGCUGCACGCGCGGCUGGAGGAGCUGGACGUGCCGCCCGCGCUGUACGCCGCGCCCUGGAUGCUUACGCUCUUCACCAGCCAGUUCCCGCUCGGCUUCGUCGUGCGCGUCUUCGAAAAUUUCCCCUUCCAGUCCGCCAUGGAAGCGCUAACGAACUACCAAAAGACCCAAUCGCGUCUGGAGACACAGAACAAGCUGAUGGAACAGCACCUCACCAUACUCAGCAGACACAUAACCAACAAGAACGACUCGCCCGCCGAAAUCAAGAAAAUCGCGCAGAACUACACGAAAAAGCUAUCAUUCAGCUCCAAGAUCACGUCGCUUACGAAAUUCGCGACGAACGAUGAUGAUGAUGAGAAGAGUUCGAAGCAGAAAAGUGCGCCAAAUCUGUUCGCGAAAACAUCCAAGGAAGAUGUGAUGAACGCGAUGAACAGGAUGAACGAAGACCGCAGGCAUUUCCUGAUGAAGAAGUCGCAAUCGGUGCACUCCGGGCUGAUAGCGAAUCGGCUGAAGAUCCUGGAGGAGAAGGAGCCGGAUGGUCCCGGGAAAUGCUCCCUAAACGAUGGCUCCAGAAGGGUGGAAGGUGCCAGGAAGCACAGCCUCACGGACGCGCUUUUCCAAGACCUGGGCAAACGGAACUCUGGAUUCUUCGCGAGCACACACGAGCAGAUCCGGCAGGAGAGGCUGUACGAGCAGCAGCUGAAACAUAAUUUCGACGAGAACCUGCGUAAAUUGGAGAGCAACGACUCGGAGAACACAUCUGAACAGUCAUCCGACAUUUUCGACGUUAAAACGGAUUUAAAACGGGAUUUAAACGAAUUCCAAAGCAGGAAGAGCAUGUCGUUGAACUUUCACGGCAAGAGUGAUAGCGGCUUCGUGACGCCCUUGACUCCUGAUAAGGAGUUGAGCGAUCGCAAAGAUGAAACCGCAUCAAUAAUAUCGCAUCCGUUGAGCGACUGCUGUAGCGACAUAGAUGUGAAGUUUGACGGGCAGUCGACGAAAUUGAAACAGAUUCGACCGAUCCGACACCAUUAGGCUUUAACUAGAAGUCUAGACCAUAAAUCGCCUACAUACCUAGGUCUAGUAACAUUUUCAGAGUUUUUACAUGCAAUCGAAAGUGUUCAUAGGAAAAUCGUGAUAAAUAUUAUACUCUUAUAUAUUCUAUUUCACAAUAAAUUCUAAUUUGAGAUGCAUAUAAAGCUUGCCCGUAGGUUCCUUUCCGAAAGAAAUAAGUCAGACGUACUGCUAGUACUUAAAUUAAUCACAUUAUCCUACUUUUGGUAAUAGGUUUUUUAAAACGCAUGCGCAUUAAGCUUGGAUAAAUAGUUUUAGUGAGAAGAUUCAAAAAUUGAAAAAAUCCCUCUAUGUUUAAUAAUUGGGUAAAUAACUUUUUUAAUCAAUCUAUUUAAGGGGGUUGUUCAAUACCUCCCUUUUAUUCCCCCUCCCUCUUCCUCGCAGAUUCAGAUCUUAUAACAACUUAGUUCCCUUCCUCUCAAGAAAAAUAAGAUAGAUUGAAAGAUAACUUAGGUGAUUUGAGAUUUACUUAAGGCGGAUACUUGCCAUACUAGAAUUUUUUUUCGUAUUACUUAAAAAAUAAAAUAUAUUUUUAUGAUUUAGUUUAUCGAUAUAUCAAAUAAUUUAUUUUAUUGUAUUCAGUAUUUUCAGAGAUUUCAAUAUUUAUACACAUAAAAAAUAGAAUAAUGACACAUGUGUUCCGCUCAUUAUAAUAUAUAAAUAGUAUAAUAAUAUAAAAAAAAAUGUAAUUUAGAUGAUAUAUCACAGAACUUAUAACUAAUUUACUCAUGUGAAAAGAGUAGUGUUGGCUGUCGAUUAAAUACUCUUUAUCCGACUGACAAAAAGGGUAUAAUAAUGGAUUUCGUAAAUUUCUUCUUUUAAACCUCGUCAUGUUGAAGUCUAUCCGGCUGUGUAUCUAUGGCAUUACAGCUCUCAAACGGAUAGAACCAUUCCGAUGCGGUGCUUUUCAUUUGAAAGCAAUUUUAUUGCUGUAGUUCUUAGAAAAUGGGCAACAAAUUUCAAAAUUGAUAUUAUAUUUUCACAAGUCCUAUAUAUCUAUAUGGAUAUCGAAUCAGUUGACUAGAAAAAUUAACACAUGUAAAUAUAUAAUAGACAGAUAUAUAAAACAGAAUAUAUCACGGAACCGGCCCUUAACAAAGUGUAUUUAAGUGGCAGUUAACAAAUAUAUUUCUUGUGUAGUCCAAAUGUCACGUUAUGGUCCGCCAUAUUUAAUAUUUAGUAAAAAUAUAACGUAUAAAAUAUUGUAUUUUAUUUCAGAUCUCGUUCACGUAGCUGUUUUAUGUAUUUGCUCAAAAUAUAUUUAUUUUGUUAUUUUUUUUAUAAGGGUUAUCGCUCAUUCAACGCUAUCUCAAAUAUAUUAAAUUAAAGGGACACGUUAAAUGACCGAUUACCCGACAAAAUUUAUUAUGUGAUGUGUAUUUACAGCUUGGUUAAGUUAGUGUUGAUGGAAUAAAUAAUUAGUUAUA